UCUAUGGAAUUGGAGCUCAUGACAAUUCACUCUGAAGAGGAGACAUUGCAAGCCAUCCGUGAGUGUGUCAGCCACAUUGGAAUUGAGCAGAAGACCCAUUCACUGGUCAUGAUGAGGAUUAAAUGCAACUGUGUUCAGCUUUGUGAUGACCGAGAUGUCGUUUUGGCAUCUUACCCUGUGAAGAGCCUGGCGCUUUGCGUAAUUUGCACAGAUGACAGCAGGUUCUUUGGUCUUGUCUCAGUUGAUUUAACCAAAAGUAUUGAUGCAGGAGCACAAACAGGUGCCACACUGAAGACAAUAUGUCAUGUCUUUUUCAUAGAUCCAGAGCUUUAUGACCACAAGGAGCAUCAAAGUAUCAUGGGACACUUUGGUAUUCCAUGUACUCCAGAUCCAGACACUCAAAGCUGUUUGGAGUUUCCUCAGACUCCGCACUCAAUUUUGAACUUUGUGUCUGUCCUCUAUACUGACAUGGGAGACUAUAUUGAAAAACUAAGACUAAAACUGGACAGCGAAAAUCCUGACGAAGGACAGCAAAAUACCAAGAACAGCGGAAGUGACAGUGGGAUUGGAAAUGCAUCGCCAGAGGAUCGAGACAGCCUCAUUGGCCAGUUGAGCUUCACAUCUCCAAACACUCCCAACCCACCACCAAAUUAUUCCCAGCAUAGAAACAGUGCAUUCCUCAAACCUGAUCACAGAUGCCUUCUGUCAGAGCCACUAUCAAGGGCUGUUCAACCUCUAACUCCAGCAUCUGUCUCUGCUGGGGCAGAUGGUUCAGCUUUUACUCUUCAAUCUCUGAGUGUCCAAUCUAACUUGCCAUCUAAACACAGAAGCAGUCAACGGCAACAUUCUAUUGGCUUAAAAGCUCACUGGCAGAAAUCUAGCCCCAGCAGCAUUGAGUGCUUGGUGGAGAGGGAUGAUGAAGGGCACAGAAAUAAAAGUGACACCCUUCCACCUGCUAUGGAACAAAUCCCAACUCUUAGAUACAAAUCACUGGAAGAUUUCAAACACCAUCAGAGAAUGAACUUCACCCCACAGCUCAAAAUGACAUGUAGAUUCUUCAGCAGGGCAGCCAAGCCCAAGGACGGAGAAAACAAGGAAUCCAUAUUUUGGGCACAUAGAAGAGGACGCUCCUCUGUUCGAAGGCCUCCGAGUCCGGCUAAACGACUUAGUCUGGCUCAUUCACUUAAUGACCUUGAGUCGGCUGCAUCAGCUGGAGGGUGCAGUGGUGUUGUGCGUCAUGACUGUGGCAGUGCAAACAGUUUGGCGAGUAAUGGCAGUCUGCUCGGCAUUAACAACCAUCAUCGCCUUUCAGAGCGCUGUGUUGCCUUGUGGGCUGUCAGCUUUGAGCGCUUGCUCCAGGACCCUGUUGGUGUCCGCUAUUUUUCCGAGUUUCUAAAGAAGGAGUUUAGUGAGGAAAACAUAUUAUUCUGGCAGGCCUGUGAAUCCUUUAGCCAAGUUCCAGAACAUGACAAAAAGCAGCUAUCCCAGAAGGCCAAAGAGAUCUACAACUGCUUCCUCUCGAGUAAAGCUACUAUGCCAGUGAACAUUGACAGUCAGGCUCAACUUGCAGAUGAUGUCCUGACAGCUCCACAGCCAAACAUGUUCAAACAGCCACAGCUACAGAUCUUUAAUCUGAUGAAGAUGGACAGUUAUGCACGGUUCCUGAAGUCCACUCUCUAUCAGGAGUGCAUGCUGGCCAAUGUAGAGGGUCGACCUCUCCCUGACCCCUGCCCAAUUCCAUGUAGCCCCGCCCCCUCCAAGCACAGCUUCACCUCUGACCUUUCCCCACCUAAAAAGGAAAAUAGGAAGCCCAAACCAGGCAGUUCAAGGGAUGACCUCAGAGAGAAACAAUCUGAGAAGAAAAAUGGCUUCUUUUCGUGGUACAGAUAUCCAAGUAUUGGGAAAGGACAAAAGAAAAGAGAAGCCCCAGAUUUACCAUACAACUGCAAUGGGCGCAGAGAGUCUCAGGGUUCUUUGUCAUCCGAAGCAAGUCAAGAGCUGAACACUUCUGGUGGAAAGAAUGAGCAGUGUGAGUUGAGGAAUUCAGUUCUUGUUUUGGAGAAGGAUAAAGAGCGAUGCAGCAGGACGUGUACUGUAACUCUCCCCGACAGCUCCAGCUGCUGCGUCCCUCUACGACAGGGUGCCUCCAUCAGACAGGUGCUGCUGGAACUAUGUCAAAAACAGCACAUCAACCUGGCUGCUGUUGACCUCUUCCUCACAGGAGGAGAGAAGCCUUUGGUGUUGGACCAAGAUAGUAUUACCCUCAGUUCCCGAGAAAUUCGUCUUGAAAAACGCACUUUGUUCAGACUGGACCUGGUACCUAUUAACAGAUCGGUUGGGUUGAAAGCAAAGCCCACAAAACCUGUGACUGAGGUUCUACGUCCUGUGGUUGCGAAGUAUGGGCUACAUCUUGGCGACUUGGUGGCCAGAAUAAGUGGAGAAACGGAAGUUCUUGAUCUUGGAGUGCCCAUAUCAAACCUUGACGGGCUUCGAAUUGUACUGGAGAGGGCUGAUCCAGCCAAAGACAAGUCAAAAACACCCAAAUUUAAAACACCAGCUGCCAAGAAAGCUCUGCCAAAAGAGAGAGACAACAGCUCGGCAGGGACACCAUUGAAAGGAAAUGGUGAAGAUAAGCAAUCCCGGACAGCAGCGUCAGAAAUGAAAAAAGUGAUAAAGAGUCAUAAAGAUGAAGCAGAGGAAUUUUUCGAAUUGCUGAGUCGUGCUCAGAGCAGUCGUGUUGAUGACCAGAGAGGCUUGCUGAGAAAAGAAGAUCUGGUGCUCCCUGAUUUUCUCCGUGUCAACCCUAAUCCCAAACCCCAACCUCCUGCCUGCUUCACUCCCACCUCCCACAAACCUGUCCACACUACCACCACCAACCCCCAACCCCCCAAACCUAGGUUUUCCAAUGGACACCCCCAUACACACAGCCCUGAAUCUGCCCCUUUGACCACCUCGCUCUCCCCCAUCUUACGCUCCUCUGAUCCCCAGGGUCAGGAGGAGGAAGGACUGGGUGAUCUGACACUGGUGGGGGAGGGGGACAUCACCAGCCCAAACUCCACCCUGCUUCCACCUCCACUGAGUACUCUGCCCCCUUAUGAGGGCAGCCUACCUGAAGCCAACUUCACUCUUCCAAUGUGUGUACACACCAACCCAGGUACAGAGGGAGGAAAAAUAUGCACUUUAUGUAUCACCCACCGGAGGGAACAGUGUCUCUCCUCAGUAUCCCAAAUGAACUCAGUUGUGCUGGACAAGGGGCUCAGUGUGGAGGGGGUAACUCUAGAGGACAGCUUUGAGGGCUACGCAGCUGAGAUUCGGCAGUGUCAGAACAAAAUGAAAAAUGGCAUUUACCCCUCCACAGAAGCGUCCCGUCCCCUUAGCGGGGUGCUGGAAGUCAGCGAGAGCGAAACAGUGGAAUAUAAAGCCACGUUUGUCUGAGGGAAGCUGCUUUUAGGGUUUUCAAAGACUGAUAUGAAGCUUGAAAAGCAGAUGUGGAAAAUAUUGUGUAUGUUAAUAAUGUAAACUAAGAUAGAAAUGUUAGUGUUUGGGUGUUAGUUCACCCAAAAAUGUAAAUUCUCUCAUCAUUUUACCCUCAUGCCAUCCCAGAUGUUUAUGACUUUCUUUCUUCUGCAGAACACAAAUGAAGAUUUUUUUGAAGAGCCUUUCAAGCUCCAAAAGGCACAUAAAGGCAACAUAAAAGUAAUCCUUAAGACUCAAGUGGUUUAAUCCAUGUCUUCUGAAGCGAUUCAAUUGGUUUUGGAUGAGAACACACCAAAAUGUAACUAAUUUUACACUAUAAAUCUUGACAUCUACAGUCUCCUUGGUGAUCAUGAUUUCAAGCUCAAUUAGACUUUCUAGAGCCAUCUAGUGCUACGCACAAGCGUUAAACACCAGGAAGUGUAAUCAAGCUUGAAAUCAUGUUCAAGCCUACAAACUGGAUCUAUAUGGACCUACAGAGCUGAGAUAUUCUACUUAAAAUCUUUGUUUGUGUUCAGCAGAAGAAAGAAAGUCAUUCACAUAUGGGAUGUCAUGAGGGUGAGUAAAUGAUGAGAGAAUUUUUAGUUUUUAGGGUGAACUAUUCCUUCAAUUAAUUCUUUGUACCUUCAGACCAUUCUUUAUUUAUGGAUAAUAAAAAUAUGUUCAAUAUUAGAUUGGGGUUAUAAAACAGAGUACCAUGUUAAAUAGUUGGGAAAUUCAGUGGAAGGUAAAUGCAAAUGGUAUACAUUUUUAUUAUGGAACGUAUGGUGCACCAAUUCAGUUUAAUUCCUUCGAAUGCAUUUUUUUUUUUUUACCCCACGACUGUCUUGUACAUUGAAACACCAUCCAGAUGUAUGUCAGCACAGAUUCAUUAAAGAAAAUUUGUAUUAUUAAACAUGUUUAAAACAUUUUUUUUUUUUUUUUAGAAAAAACUAUUUGUGUGAUCACUGUGUUCUCAUUGUAAUGAGUUGUCAAAGCGGAUUAGUAACAUGUGGGAAGAAGUUCAUUGUUACGAGUGAGACAAUUAAUUUGU